AUGUCUAGGGUUAUAACUCUUAGUUGUGAGGACGGUAUCAAUUCCUUCACUUGCGUUUGCAAACCAGGUUAUAGUGGCGAAUUCUGUGAACAACGAAUUGAUCAGUGUGCUUCGUCGCCUUGCAUGAAUAAUGGCACCUGCUUUGAUGAAGGCGCUUCCUUCAGAUGUGUUUGUGCUAAUGGAUGGACUGGAGACACAUGCGAGCAAGAGACCGGCAGCUGUGUGAGCGGAAAAGACUGUGAAAUUGCACCGAAUCGUUGCAUUGGUGAGCCAUGCCUCAAUGGUGGAGUAUGUGGAGAUUUUGGCUCUAGGCAAGAGUGCAGCUGUCCGAAAAAGUUUACCGGAACAGGUUUGUUUUUGAACUGCUACGAAUUUCCAGUUGCUGUAAAUAGUCUCCAAAAUCAGACAAAAUGAAA